GAAAAUUCAGUGAACCGUCACAGUUUUGUCCCAUUAACUCUCUCUCUCUCUCUCUCUCUCUCUCUCUCUCUCUCAUGCAGAGACCUUCGGCUUCGAGCUCCUACCGACCUUCCGGCCACCAUCCCACCCAGCAGUCCCAACAUGUUAUCGACGUAGUGCCGCAAUUGCAGAGCAAGCAGUCACCAAGGAGGAGGACGGAGGGCCUCGCCGAUCCGCGAAUUUUGGAUCGUUCUGCCACCAGCCGUGGAGAGAUUUUGCGGUCGGGAUUAUCGGUGAAGUGGAUCCACUGUAUUCCUGUAAUCGUCUUGAUCUGCCUCUUCGUCCUCUGGUGGUUCUCAUAUCGAGUAAAUUUAGAAACCAGAGAUGGAAGAAUCAUUGCCGUGCACAGAAUCAGGACGCCAGAGCCGUUCAAUGACACUCGGGUGGACCUCACCGUCCUAGCAUUGGCCACAGCACCAAAUGCCUCAUCAGUUCCUCAGCUUCUCCCGCUGAACAAUGACACUAUACCGCAUCCGGAGACCAUGGGUCUCAUCUUCUACCUCUUGACUAGUGAUCGUUCUCGAUUCUCCGACUACGUCAGUCUUCAACAGAGGUCUCGUCUCUUCCUCCACGAUUUGGUUCUGAGCAGCAAGCGUUGUACUGUAUUAAAUAGAAGUUAUGAGUUCUACUUUUUUUUUAAAAGAAAAAAUUUCUUGUAAUCUUCUUUCUCCCUUCAAAAAUCAAGCAAAAAGUUUUGUGAACAUUACUACUAUCUCUAGAGACCAAUCAGAAUAC